CUUCACUUCACAUUCGCCACCAACGUUAGAAAGAGAGAGAGAACAAGAGCAACAAGUCUCAUUCAACUUCACAAAAUCAAUACCUAAAGAUUCCCAAAAACCAAAGCAAGCCUUUGAUUACUUUUGUUAAUCACUUGCUCAGUUUUCUCUUAAUCCACAUCCAAUAACUCAUGGGACAUUCCGACAAAUCUUACAACCAACUCGAAGGAGAGAUACGUGAAGCCACCGACGCUAAAAAAUGGGUUUUCGCUGGUAUUCCUCCACGUUCGCCGCUCAAGCCAAUUAACUCCUCUUCCGACGUCACAGUCAGCGAAACAGAGGAUCAAGAUCAGUGUCCGACGACACCCACAGCGGUUUCCGUCAGAAUUCCAAGAGUCCCGCCGUGCCCAGCCGCACCAAAGAAGCGGAAGCCGUCGUCCAAGUGCAGCUACAUUGCCACCGGUAGAGAGUUCUUCUGUCCACCAGACCUCGAAACCGUUUUCAUUCAGAGAGCAGCUAGUUAACUCUGUUUUCACAACUCUCUACUUCUCAUUCUAACCUUUUUUUAGGGUUGUAAUAUUCUUCUCGAUUCUGGUUAAGUUUUAGAUUCUGAACCUACUCUUAUGCUCUUUAUGUGUUUUUCAGUUCUAGGCUUCUAGUAAUGUUAGGACACUAAUUAAGGUUGCUGAAUAGAAAGUCUUUCGUGUU